UAGUUAGUCAAUCGACAUGUUUGAAACUGAGUGCUGAAGGAAAAUAACUGCUAUUGUUUUUCACUUAAAACUCCCAACAAGUAGUUUUGAUAAAUAAGUAUUAAUUCUUUUUUUUACAGUUUAUUCUCUUGUGUCUCAGCUGAACUAUGACUCUCCUAAAAAAUUCGGUUCUUUCCUUUACUUUAAUCUGGAUAUCUUUGUGUACAUCGAAAACGUUCAAGAUAGACUAUGCUAAUGGUGGAAAUACCGGCGGAAUGGCAGCGUCGGGCCCCUUUGUUGGUGAUUCCGGAGGAAGUGGUAGGGGGUUAGGAGGUGAAUUGCCAAAUGGCGGCGGAGGAGGAAAUGGGAACGGAAUGGGAGUCAAUCCUUUUGCUAGCAUAUCAAAGGGCAAAGGAGGUAGUCCAUUUGCAAGCGCGGCUGGUACAGGAGAUGGAAACGGUUCUGUAGGCAUGGGUGCUGGGUCGUUUCUUGGUGGAAUGAAUAAUGCUGGUGGUAGUGGUGGAAGUUUAAGUGGCGGCGGAGGUUCAGGUAGCAGUGCUGCUGGGAUGGGAGCUGGGCCAUUUACCAGUGGUCCUUCGGGAAAAGGCAGCAGUAAUGGCGUGAGCCCAUUCGCAUCAGCUAUGGGCAAUGGAGGUGGUGAUAAGGGCAGUGGGGUUGGUCCAUUUGCCGGUGCUGUAUCUGGAAAGGGUUCAAGCCCAUUUAAUGCAAAUAUGGAUACUAGCGGUGGUAUGACAGGUGUUGACUUUUCGUCACUAAUGAAUUCAGGACCAGGUGGACUGUCGGGUGGGGCUUUUAUACCUAGCAAUGCCAGUCAUCUAAUGGGACAUGAUUUCUCCAAGGACUUGGGCAACUACGAUGGCCAGUUUGGUGAAAUGAAUCUAGGCCAAGGUCAGGGAGAAAAUACAGUUGGAGUGGACAACUCGAGGUUUGAUACAACAGCAUAUCAACAAAUGCUUCAGCAGCUCUUCAGCGCCGGCAAUUCUGGCCAGGAGCUGAAAGAUAUGGGAACUCCUUUUGACGGAAGCUCGUAUACUAGUAACUACAACACCGAUAGCGGAGAACAUCACAACACAGCAAUGGAAGCAAGUGUCGGUUCUUUUGCAUCGGCUGAUAUAUCAUCAUAUGCAGGGAGCAGCAACACCGCAACGGGACAAGCAAUCUCUCAGUUUCAAGGAAUGCAGAAAGGAAACGCUGGACACUACACAGGAAGCGGAAGUGGUAGUUAUUCAGGAGGGCCUAAUGUAGCGUCUUCUGGUUCAAACAAUGACGGCACCUAUUCAAGUCCUUUUGACGUGAACAAUUAUGACGUUGGGCAUAUGUCACCUAGCUCGGGCGGGGCAGCUGGGAUGGGUUCGGGUUCAGAUAUGAAUAAAGGACAAAAUCCGUUUGAAAUAAAUAACUACAGUACAGGGAAGAACAUGUUUUCCUUGAAUAGCAAUUAUAAUGAUGCAGGUUCGACUUCCGGUAAUGGCAUUGGAACGGAACCUGGACCAUUUGAUACAUCUAAAUUUGGAAUGUUGGGACAAAACUUAAACAAACAACCCGGAAGUGGGCAAAAUCCUUUUGAUACCAACAAAUAUCAAGAUAGUAGUGCACUAAGUAAUAUGAUGGGGAAUCAAAAAUAUCAAAACAUUGGAAAAGGAAGCGCAGAUUUCAACCAAGGACUCGAUGAGUACGGAAAUGUGAAUUUCGGAACACUUUCGGGAUUAUCUGGCAACACAGUCGACCCUGGUGCUGCUGGAGGUUUAGGUAUGACAGGAACUGGUUCGUAUUCUGCAGGACCAAAAGGGUCCAGCUCAUAUAAUGGACUUCAAGAUGAGUCCGGAAACGGACAAUACAGAGCAGAAUAUACCGGAAUAGGUUCGACAUACAGCGGCGCAGGGACCGGAUAUGAUGCAGAGUCUAAGAGCCAGUAUGAGACGCCAUUUGAAGCAGACAACUACAAUGAUCUCCUUGGCAAUCCAUUUAGAUCAGAUUCUUACUUUGAUACAACUAAACAGAAUUUCAAACUACCUUACGAAACGAACGGUAACUUACAACAGAGUAGCUAUAGCAAUUCAGGUCCAUCCGCAGGGUAUAGCGGGAAUCGAUAUGUAGGCUCGGGGCCAGCGGGAGACCCCUUUCACCAAGGCGGCAAUUCAAUGAGCGGCUCGAAUACCAUGAGAGGACGACGUUCAGUCCAGAGACAACCUAACUGAAUCACUGUUAUUGGAUGGAGUUUGAAGUAAAUAAAUCCUCACCAAAGGAGAGCGUUGUUUCUUUUCUUUUCUUUUCUUUUUUAUUUGAAUUAAUCUCAUUGAAAAAUUUUCGGAGGUAAUGUGGAGCAGAAUUUCUUUAUUACAAACUACAUUUUGUGUAUAAUGCAUUUUCCUGAAUGCACUUUUCGGCGCAGAUAAAAGUAAAUAAUCUAAAUAUUGAAGUUGGUUUGGAAAAUGGGCAAUAACACCUGAAAUUAUAUACUGAAAGCCUUUCGGGCGAGAUUUUAUAUCGAGGUCCAGUUAAUAGAAGAUCUUUUAAUAUACUAGGUGCAGCUCUAAAGUAUCAAUAUUAUAUCGCAUAUAUAUACAAGACCGUUCGUAAUUGAGAUUGGCCUGCUAUAUUUCAUGGUUCGCAGACAAGAUACUAAAUCGUAUAUAUAGUCAAUAUUGGACAUUUGGUGAGCCAAAAACGCAAUAAUCAAUUAUCGUGUCUAAAGUGUGGUAAAAUGUCCCGUUCCUAUAUCGAUUAUCGCAUUGUGUCUGCUGACUCCGAGAAAAGUGGGGAGAGCACAAUUUACAGUGAAAUCGAUAAUCCAAGAGAAAUCGCUUUGUUCGAAUCAUUUGUGAAUAUAGCAGACGAAAAAUUUCCACUUUGGAUAACAUCGUUCACUUCAAGUAAGUGUUUUACAUUUUCAUUUUAAAUAGCUUCUCAUCCACUGCGUUCUAUAAUAGUCAUCGGCAUCAUUUAGUCUAAAGAAAUCUGGAACAUUGCCAGCGUGGUUAAUAACUUAAUAGGCCAAUUAGUAAAUACUAAUUAAGCACUAUUUAAAGCAUUAAGUACUUGGAGAUGCAGGGUUAGCUGUUCCUACCAUGUUUCUACAAUACUUACAAACAUAUUAAAUUAUGACAAUUUUAAUGUUCAUUUUUACAUGACUGACAGCUAUCCCUUUUGCUGCACACAUACAGAAAAAACUCCCGUCAAUGAUUCCAUACAUAAAUUGCGGUCCAUGGUUUGUGCCGUUGGUCAGUUAAGGACGUGCGCUAGAAUUCCCUGUAUAUGAGAUGGGCGGAAUUUUUCCCAAUAAUAGAAUUUCUUCAAACUUUAAAUAUUGAAGGAAAAUCAUCUAAGAAACAAAAAUAUGCAAUCAAAAUGAUAGGUCACCGGUAUUGAAAAAGCCCUUGAAAACGGCAUUUUUGGGGAAAAUUCUAAGAAUGAAAUUAUAUUAUUGGGAAAAUUUUCGCCCCGAAUUCUAGCGUACGCCUUUAAUAUGCCUAGUGCUACGCAUGGUAAGUAAUUGAGGAAAAACUUUGAAAUUAAUUAAUCACAGCAUGUAAUAAAAUGAAUGGAUUGCUGGUUCGGACCGAGGCCUGAGUAUUAAUUGUUUGGAGUAUUGACCAGAAAGCUAUUCAGUAAGUGUGUAAUGCUUGAUAUAGAUCUACCAAUUCUAAAAACAAGUUUCUCUCUUUUUUUUUUGCAAGACUCUAAUAUAGAAUGUCUAGAUCUACUUCGCUUAAAAAUUAUACUUUGUGAAGAUACAUAGCAAAACUGAAGGGGGCCUACUAGUGUUAAAAUUAUCCCAUGAAAAUUUCGAAAUAAAAUCCCCGAAAUUAUAGAUUGUUAUUCUCAGUUUGACAAAGGAAAUAUGAAAAUCUCAUCAUGGAUCAUGCAAAACACGCGGACUGUUUUUUAUUUAUUGAGAUCUAUUUAUUUAUUUAUUUAUUUAUUUUAAAUAUUUACUGAUAGAUCUAGAAUCUAGCCCAAAAAAGUCUUCUAAAUCUAGAUUAUCUACACAAGAAGCUCAGUCUCUUACAGAUUAGGCCUAGAUCUGUUAUUUUGAACUGAUUGCUGUUAUUUUGUUGUUGUUGUUGAUGUUAAAUGAAAGAAUAAACCAAUUUUCUUUAGAUGGCCUAUUAACUGUGAUGGGUCUGUUGUGUUUAAAGUAGUCGUUCACGGUGCGGUUCUUUGAAUUUCUACGUCAUCGUCUUCAUGACGUCACACUGCAAAUUCUUCUUAAUAUUACAGGACUUCUUGACAACUUCAGCAUAGACUUCAGAGAGAUGAUUCGUAUGGUGAGAUCAUGUGACCGUUCACAGCGACGUCUAGCUGUAUUUCUUAUCGCCGUGGUGACGUUAGAAGUGACGCUAAUAAGCUCAAUCAUCAAACAUGAACACAAGCUUGCACACGGCGACUGGGAAAUGAAAGGAGACUCAAACACAAUGUCGAACAAAAACUUGAAAAAGAAUGCAACUCAAUUUUCAGAGCUUUUAUUGAAGUGGGAUGACAACAAGUCAAAGAACUGGAAACCAUCCGACGACCUCCCAUUUCACGUUAGGAAACGAAGAAUGGAAGCCCGUGGCCACGUACAAGUGUGAUUUUGGAUGUGCGAGAGCAUUUCCUACAACAAGGAUGGAGAAACAAUUACCACCACCAUGUGCAGAGGUAAUACCAAAUGUUCCUGGGGCAAAUGCGAGAGAAAAAUGGGCCUCGUCAACGAUGCGGGAUUUCGGAGAAUUUGGUGAAAACUCCCGUAAACAGGUGUACCAAGAAAGUAAUACGGCGUUCAAGAAAAACAAAGCUUUACAAUCGACGGACCUAGGGCUGUUACAGGAAAAUUUUAGGAUUCCUAUGACAACAGUGUAUGGGAUUGACUUUAACACUAGUAUGUGCAGAGCCCAUAUACCAAAAUGUACAAGGAUGAGUAAGGACUUCAAUACGAGCAGUUUAUCCAGUGGCUAUGACCAAUUCAUCACCGAAGCCCAGUAUGCUUUCAAAUGGCCAUCAACCGAUCGCUUAAAAGUACCACUGCAUUUCCAACGCCCAUCCCUUCCGAAAUGAUAUGUUAUUUAAUAAGCUUUAACUUUUGUGAUUUACAAUCUGAGGAAAUAAAACUACACAAUAUUAAACAGUU